CCUCCGCCCUUUCCCUCCGCCCCACACCCACACACUCGCCCACUCACCCCCGCGCCGUCUUUGCUCUGCCUCACCGCGCCGCAGCAGAGCAUGGCGUCCCUACGCCGCCUCCCCGUCGCCGUCCUCCUCGCCGUGGCGGUUCCGCUCCUCUUCCUUUGUCCGGCAGAGGCGGGGACGGUGGGCGUGAACUACGGCCGCGUGGCGAACAACCUGCCGAAUCCGGCGGCGGUGGUGCAGCUGCUGAAGCAGCAGGGCGUCGGGCAGGUGAAGCUGUACGACGCCGACCCCACCGUGCUGCGCGCGCUGGCCAACACCGGAAUCAAGGUGGUGGUUGCGCUGCCCAACGAGCAGCUCGCCGCGGCGGCGUCGCGCGCGUCGUACGCGCUCCUGUGGGUGCGCCGCAACGUGGCGGCCUACUACCCGGCGACGCAGAUCCACGGCAUCGCCGUGGGCAACGAGGUGUUCGCGUCCGCCAAGAACGUCACGGCGCAGCUGGUCCCCGCCAUGACAAACGUGCACGCCGCGCUGGCAAGGCUCGGCCUCGACAACGCCGUCAAGGUGUCGUCGCCCAUCGCGCUCACCGCGCUCGCGUCGUCGUACCCGUCGUCGGCGGGCGCGUUCCGGGAGGACCUCGCGCAGGCCGUCAUGAAGCCCAUGCUCGACUUCCUGGCGCAGACCGGGUCGUACCUCAUGGUGAACGCCUACCCGUUCUUUGCCUACUCCGGCAAUGCCGGCGACAUCUCCCUCGACUACGCGCUGUUCCGCCCCAACGCCGGCGUGCUCGAUGCCGGGAACGGCCUCAAGUACUACAGCCUCCUCGACGCCCAGCUCGACGCCGUGUUCGCCGCGGUCAGCAAGCUCGGGAACUACAAUGCCGUACGCGUUGUGGUCUCCGAGACCGGGUGGCCGUCCAAGGGCGACGCCAACGAGGCAGGCGCUUCGGCGGCCAACGCCGCAGCGUACAACGGCAACCUGGCGCGCCGCGUGCUUUCCGGCAACGCUGGCACUCCUCGCCGCCCCGACGCCGACAUCGACGUGUACCUCUUCGCGCUCUUCAACGAGAACCAGAAGCCCGGGCCCACCUCUGAACGCAAUUACGGAGUCUUCUACCCGAACCAGCAGAAGGUGUACGACGUCGACUUCGUCCUCGGUGGCGGCGGCAACCCUUCAGGCGGCGGCAGCCAGGGCAACAAUGGCCUCGGGUGGCAGGAGAACGGCGGGCCGAGCAGCGGCAGCGGCAGCACCAGCACCAGCGGCAAUCCGCCGAGCGGGGUGAAGGUCACGACCGGGGAGGCGUGGUGCGUGGCGAAUGCGAUCGUCGGGGAGCAGCGGCUGCAGGCGGCGCUGGACUACGCGUGCGGCCCCGGCGGCGCGGACUGCAAGGCCAUCCAGCCCGGCGCGGCGUGCUUCGAGCCCAACACCAUGGUCGCGCACGCCUCCUACGCCUUCAACGACUACUACCAGCGCAAGGGCCGUUCCAUCGGGACCUGCGACUUCGCCGGCGCCGCCUACGUCGUCAACCAGGCACCAAAGAUGGGCAAGUGCGACCUCCCAUCGACGGUCUGAACUGAAGCAACAGUGGCGAGGACUGCUGUAACGCCAAGCGGCCAUCUCGAGGAACAAAAGAAUCGAUGGCAGCAGCAGCUCAUCAGUCGAGAGGAUGCCGGAAUCUUUGCACCCUUUCAGCCUUUCUUUACGCUGCUGCUGUGCAGCCUUGACUCCUGCUGCAGCGACGCAGCGUACACUCCGUAGAACGAACAUCACUGUAGCUGUACGCCUUCUUUUUGCAGCUUUGGCUAAUGGUGGAUAUCUUUGUUUAGUACCCCAGUCCAUGUAACUAGUACUCCUACUACUAUCACUGCUAGCGUGCUAGUGCUACUAUUAUAAUCUGAUCAGUAUAGAUUAAUUAAUUAAUGGGUUUAGCCUUUGUGCCCAUGUGCCCCA